AUGUCCGGCCGAAGUAUUGAGUAUGGACAGCUCCCGGAGUAUGAGAAGAGUCAGAUCAAAAGGACUUUGGAGCUGGGGACGGUGAUGACCGUAUACAGCCUCAAGAAAAGUAACCCGGAGAGAAGAACCAUUCAGGUCAUUAUGGAAACCAGGCAGGUGGCUUGGAGCAAAACGGCGGACAAGAUAGAAGGAUUUUUGGAUUUAACGGAAAUAAAGGAGCUCAGACCUGGGAAAAACGCGAAGGAUUUUGAGCGUGGAAAAGGGGCACGUCAAAAGGAAGAACAUUGCUUCACCAUUUUUUAUGGCUCUCAGUUUGUCCUCAACACUUUAAGCUUGGCAGCUGACUCAAAGGAGGAGGCUGACAAAUGGCUUUGUGGAUUGAGCAUUUUGCACCAGGAAGCUAUAAAUGCAGGCACCCCAGCUAUUACAGAGAGCUGGCUGAGGAAGCUGAUUUACUCGGUGGAUCAAUCCAGAAGAAACAGCAUCAGCCUGAGAGAGUUGAAAACAAUACUUCCCUCCAUCAACUUCAAAGUGAACAGCGUGAAGUACUUGAAAGAUAAGUUUGCGGAAAUAAAAGCUGCUAAAGAAGAACUUAGCUUUGAGCAAUUUCAUCUUUUCUACAAGAAGAUUAUGUUUGACCAACAGAAAUCGGUUCUGGAUGAAUUCAAAAAGGAUUCUACUAUGUUUCUCUUAGGAAACACAGAUCGGCCAGAUGCCUCAGCAGUACAUUUACACGAUUUUCAGAGGUUUCUCCUACAUGAGCAGCAGGAAUCUUGGGCACAGGAUCUUAAUAAAGUAAGAGAACGGAUGUCCAAAUUUAUAGAUGACACUAUGAGGGAAACAGACGAACCUUUCCUCUAUGUUGAUGAGUUUCUUACCUACCUUUUUUCGAAAGAAAACACCAUUUGGGAUGAGAAGUAUGCUUCAGUGGACCCACAAGACAUGAAUAAUCCUUUGUCGCAUUACUGGAUUUCUUCUUCCCAUAAUACUUACCUCACUGGAGAUCAGCUUCGUAGUGAAUCUUCCCCAGAAGCCUACAUCAGAUGUCUCCGAAUGGGGUGUCGAUGUAUUGAGUUGGAUUGCUGGGAUGGUCCUGAGGGGAAGCCCAUUAUCUAUCACGGAUGGACACGAACGACCAAAAUUAAAUUUGAUGAUGUCGUGCAGGCAAUCAAGGACUAUGCAUUUGUAGCAUCUGAGUACCCAGUGAUCUUGUCAAUCGAGGAGCAUUGUAGUGUGGAGCAGCAGCGUCACAUAGCAAAGGUGUUCAGGGAAGUGUUCGGAGACCAGCUUCUAGCAAAGCCCGUUGAAGCCAGUGCUGAUCAGCUCCCGUCCCCAACUCAGUUGAAAGGGAAAGUCAUCAUCAAGCAUAAAAAAUUGGGACCCAAAGGUGACGUAGAUGUGAACACAGAAGAUAAGAAAGAGGAAAAGAAACAACAAGGGGAACUAUACAUGUGGGACACCAUUGACCAGAAAUGGACUCGUCAUUACUGUGCUGUAGCCAAUGGAAAGCUCUCCUUCAGUGACGAUAUAGAACAGAAUGCUGAGGAAGAACCCCCAAAGGAAGCGAAAAGCACGGAGCUACACUACGGCGAGAAAUGGUUCCACGGGAAGAUGGCGGAAGGCAGGACCACAGCCGAAAAGCUCCUGCAGGAAUAUUGCGCUGAAAUGGGUGGCAAAGACGGGACCUUUUUGGUCAGGGAGAGCGAGGCCUACCCAAACGAUUACACCCUCUCGUUCUGGAGAUCAGGUAGAGUCCAGCACUGCCACAUCCGCUCUUCUUCCGAUGGAGACAGCAUAAAAUAUUACCUGACCAAUAACCUCACCUUCGACAGCAUUUCUGACCUAAUCCAGCAUUACAAAGAAGCCCAUUUACGCUGCGCUGAGUUUGAGCUGCGCUUGACUGACGCCGUCCCGAAUCCCAAACCUCACGAAUCUAAGGAUUGGUAUUACAGCAACCUGAGUCGUGGAGAAGCAGAAGACAUGUUGAUGCGGAUUCCAAGGGAUGGAGCCUUCCUGAUAAGGAAGAGAGAUGAACUGGAUUCCUAUGCCAUAACUUUCAGAGCGGAGGGGAAAGUGAAGCAUUGUCGAAUUAAACAAGAAGGCCGACUCUUUGUCUUGGGAACCUCUGCUUAUUUUGAGAGUUUAGUGGAGCUGGUGAACUACUAUGAGAAGCACCCCUUGUACAGGAAGAUGAGGCUGCGCUAUCCAGUGACUGAGGAACUUCUGGAGCGUUAUAGCAUGGAGAAAGAUCCUAGCUCUUUAUACGAAGUCAAGAUGUACGUGGAGCCCACCGAAAUAACACCUUCUGUGCCCCAGAGAACGGUUAAAGCCUUGUACGACUAUCAAGCUAAGAGAGAUGAUGAGCUGACAUUUUGCCGGGGAGCUUUAAUUCAUAACGUAUCCAAAGAAAGUGGUGGCUGGUGGAAAGGCGAUUAUGGAUAUAAAGUUCAGCGUUAUUUUCCAUCCAAUUACGUUGAAGACAUGUCAUCUGACAAUAUGGAGGAGCUUGAGAACCAGAUCUUUGAGGACAACCCCUUAGGGUCACUAUGUCGGGGAAUUCUGGAUCUCAAUUUAUAUACAGUGGUGAAAAUGCCUCAAGGGAACCACGGGAAGGGUUUUGUCUUUGUCCUGGAGCCCAAGAGUCUUGAAGACCCUCCCGUUGAGUUUGCCACCGAUAAAGUAGAAGAGUGGUUUGAAUGGUUUCAGAGCAUCAGAGAAAUCACCUGGAGAACUGCUGAAGAGAAAACUUUAAAAGGAUACUUGGAAAAGAAGCAGUUAAUUGCCAUGGAGUUGUCUGACUUGGUAAUCUACUGCAUACCCACAAGCAAAACCAAAGACAGCCUCGAUAAUCCCAGUUUCAAAGAAAUUCGCUCUUUUGUGGAAACCAAAGCAGACAGCAUUAUCAAGCAGAAACCGCUUGACCUGCUGAAGUACAAUCAGAAGGGGCUGACUCGAAUUUAUCCCAAAGGGCAAAGAGUGGAUUCCUCAAAUUAUGAUCCUUUUCGCUUCUGGUUUUGUGGGGUGCAGAUGGUGGCUCUCAAUUUCCAGACACCAGAUAAAUACAUGCAAAUGAAUCAAGCUUUGUUCGCACUGAACGGUUGGACCGGCUACGUGCUGCAGCCAGAAGGCAUGAGAAAUGAGGCUUACGAUCCGGUGCUAAACGAAUGCAAGAAAAAGCUGCAAAUGAUUUUGACCGUGAGGGUCAUUGCUGCUCGACAUCUUCCCAAGUCUGGCAGAAGUAUCGCCUGCCCGUUUGUAGAGGUGGAGAUCUGUGGGGCGGAAUAUGACAACAAUAAGUUCAAGACAACUGUUGUGAAUGACAAUGGUCUUAACCCAGUUUGGGCACUUCAGGAGCAAGUGAAAUUUGAAAUUUAUGACCCUAACAUAGCAUUUCUACGCUUCGUUGUCUAUGAAGAAGACAUGUUCAGUGACCCCAAUUUCUUAGCACAUGCGACUUUUCCAAUCAAAGGAGUCAAAUCAGGCUAUCGGUCAGUCCCCCUCAAAAACGGAUAUAGUGAAGACAUGGAGCUGGCUUCUCUUCUGAUAUAUUGUGAGAUGCAGCAGAUCUUGGAAAGCGAGGAAGAUCUGUAUUCCUCCUUUCGGCAACUGCGUCAACGGCAAGCAGAACUGAACAAUCAGCUGUACGACACUCGACGAAACACCCGGAGUCCCAGUCGGGAUGCUUUGCUGAGAGAGUUCAGCGCAAACGAGGGCCAGCUGCAGGUCUAUCAGGAAACCUGCAACAAGAGAUUGAAAGAGAAAAGAGUCAGCAAUAGCAAAUUCUAUUCCUAGCAAUCCGAGUUUCCUUGGGUGGGUGAUUUUGAAAGCCACCUGGUGAAACUGUGUUUUCUGGAACAGAAGGCAAGCGCAGCGUGCCUCGACCGGAUUAAAUUUUUUGAAACGGCAUCCUAACAAGCAAAAGAGGUUAAACCAUCUGCUGCAUUAUGGACCGUGCCUGGUUAUACCUAUGCAACAGCUAGAAAAAUGUCAGAAAAGGAAAAAACCAACAACUUUUUGUGUGUGCAUGUUUUUUUAAAAAAGCUGUAAGAUCCAUUUCUCUUUACGAGGCGGGAGCGUUAUUUAUUUUUAAAUGUACGUGUACGUCAAAGGAAUGAGUGUAUGUAUAAGGCUGAAUGGCACUAAAUUUGCAAGAGAUUUGUACAAUUUUAGGAGAUUAAAACAGGGGCGACUAUAAAUGUAUAUAUUUUGUCUAGGUGACUUUGUAAAAUGGCUAUUUCUGUGGCAUGUUUGAAGGCCCUGGCGCAUAUUAAAAAUGAUUAUCCUGUU